UGAUCGCAUCAUCGUCAUCAGCGUUUAAUUGAGUGUCAACAGUGACACUUUCAACCUUUUAAUAGCUUUUGUAUCGUGCGAUAAUUUAACCAGGAUGGGUCUGUGCAAGUGUCCUAAACGUAAGGUGACUCUUCAAUUUUGCUUUGAACAUAAAGUCAACGUAUGUGAGUCUUGUAUGUUGUCAAAUCAUUCAAAGUGUAUCGUUCGUCCAUAUUUACAAUGGUUAGAGGAUAGUACCUAUGAGCCGGUCUGUGGAUUAUGUCAUCAGAAUCUAAACAAUGAUAAUGAUUGUGUCCGUUUAAUUUGUUACCAUAUCUUUCAUUGGAAUUGCCUUAAUAAUUAUGCAAAUAGUUUACCUUCAAAUACUGCUCCUGGUGGUUAUUCUUGCCCAGACUGUACCAAGACAAUUUUCCCACCAACUGAAUUAAAUUCACCGAUAGCCAAUCAUUUAAGGAAACUCUUGUCAACUGUUAAAUGGUCAAGAGCUGGACUUGGUUUACCCUUGAUUGAAACAAAUUCACCAAAAACACCAAAUUCAUCACAUAAUAAACCUCAACCUAAAACAUAUGAAACAUAUGAAAAGACCAAUUUAAAUGAAAAUGUUCAACUUGUCUCAGCGGCAUCAGCCAACAGUUUAAAAUCCCAGCCAACUCAUGUUCCCGUUAACGUGAAUCACAUUUCCGAUUAUGUUAAUUGUGAUGAAGUUAAUUUUGUCACGAAUGCAAGAAAAUUUCAUCAUGUUAGUAGUAUCAAUCCAAACAAUGCCAACACCUUUUUGGACAUUGACGAUGAUAAAUAUCGCCGAAAAACACCUUUGGAAUUAAUAACAAAAUGGUUUAGAAUUCAUAAUAUAACCAAACAGAAUGAUGGAUUAUCGUUAAAAGGUUGGAUUGUUAUCGGUUUCGUGGCGAUUUUCACUGUGUUCACUCUAGUUCAUUAUUUCCUGAAACUCGGGAGACAAAAUGCUGACCAUGACCCUCUGCUUGACCCACAUUUCAACCCCAACAUCCAUGUUGGUCAAGAUGAUGAUUAAUUUCCAAUUUUUUUAAAUCAAAAUUAUGGAUUCAACUAUUCUGUGAAUAUAAGGAUUGAAUUUUUAUUAUCUACAUGAAAAUUUUUUUAUCAUCAUGGUGAUAAAAACAAUGAUUAAAAUCAAGAAAAAAUUGA